CUGCUGUUGCUGAAACCCCUCAAUUGCGCUUAACUACGCCUCCAUAGAUUCACUGCACACAUUACAAUGGCCAUUGCUCCUGCGGUUACCAAGCUUCGCCAGCUCUUGGCGGAUGAGAGCAAGAUUAUUGUCUGUCCGGGGGUCUACGAUGGCUUUACUGCCCAAAUCGCCCUCCAGGAGGGGUUCGAUGCAUUGUAUAUGACAGGAGCAGGCACGACGGCCUCGCGACUGGGACAGCCGGACCUGGGGGUCGUCACAUUGAACGAAAUGCGGGGGAAUGCAGAGAUGAUCGCCAAUUUGGACCCGACAGUUCCGCUGAUUGCUGACGCUGACACGGGCUUCGGAGGAUCUCUCAUGGUCCACCGCACCGUUACCGAAUACAUCCGCGCCGGAGUGGCCGCUCUGCACCUGGAAGACCAGCCGACGAGUAAACGCUGUGGUCAUUUGCGCAACAAGCAACUCGUCCCCGAGGACGAAUAUCUGGACCGCAUCCAAGCCGCCGUGAAUGCUCGCGCCCGGUCCCACGGUGAUAUUGUUCUGAUUGCCCGGACGGAUGCCCUCCAGUCACUGGGGUAUGAUGCCGCCAUUUCCCGACUCAAGGGAGCCAUCGCCCUCGGGGCAGACGUAGCCUUCCUGGAAGGCAUCACGUCCACGGAUCAAGCUCGACAGGUCUGUGAAGAGCUCAAGCCCACCCCCGUUCUCUUCAACAAUGUUCCCGGGGGUGUGUCGCCAGAUCUCUCGGUUCAUCAGGCGCAGGAGCUCGGGUUUCGGCUGAUCAUCUUCCCUGGAUUGGCAUUGGGUGCAGUCUACUCGGCGGUUCGCGGAGCGGUACAACAAUUGAAGCAAACCGGCACGCAGGCGGUGCGAGCGGGGGGGAGUCCGCGGGAUAUAUUCAAUGUGUUGGGAUUGCAAGAGGCAGUGGCGCUGGAUCUAGCUUCGGGCGGGAGGUUAUAUGACAAGGGGGUUUGAAAGGAUGAGAAAUAGGAAUGCUGUCUGUAUAUCAAGUCAACAGAUUGAUGAGCCAUAACUAGCCAUGAGAAAGAUGACACUUUCCAAGAACCCCAGGCACCCCACCCAUCAUGGCCGGGCGGUGAGAUUAAUGCCACGCUC